GUUUUUGUUCUGUUUUCCUUAGUGAUAAGUCUGAAAUGCAACGAAUGCAACAGUGCAGAGUCCUGGGAUAAGUGUACUAACAAAGAAGUGACCUGUCCUUCUGGCCUCGAUCAGUGCUUGAAAGGUUAUGCUAAAUAUGGCGAAACGACAGUCUAUGCCAGGUCUUGUUCAAUCGAAGACUUCUGCGACAAGGAAAAUAACCCAGUAUGCAAAAGAACAAAAGGCAUUUCAGGGGCGGAAUGCGAGGUCACUUGUUGCGAUAAAGAUCUCUGCAACGCUGGCUCAGCAACCAAGAUCAGCGGUAUUGUGUUGUUGACAUGCGCACUGGUAUUCCUGGCAUUCCAAGAAGCAUGA